UACUUCCUUUCUAUUCUCUAUUCUCAUAUGGCUAUGCUUCAAUCAUCCGUCUCUCCCCCUUCUUCCUUCUCUUAUGGAUUCACCUAUGACGUGUUCCUUAGUUUUAGAGGUAUUGACACUCGUUAUGGUUUUACUGGAAAUCUCUACAGUGAUCUUUGUAAGAAGGGAAUUCACACAUUCUUUGAUGAUAGAGAGCUUCAAGGAGGUGAUGAAAUAACAUCAUCACUUUUCAAGGUCAUUGAAGAAUCUAGGAUUUUCAUUCCUGUCUUGUCUAUCAAUUAUGCUUCUUCUUCAUUUUGCUUGGACGAACUUGUCCACAUCAUUCAUUGCUUCAAGGAAAAUCGGCGCCUUGUUUUGCCAAUUUUCUAUGAUGUGGAACCUUCUCAUGUGCGACAUCACAAGGGCAGUUAUGGUAAAGCACUGGAUGAUCAUAUAGAGAGGUUCCAAAAUAACAAGCAUAGCAUGGAUAGGUUGCAGAAAUGGAAGAUGGCUCUUACUCAAACUGCUAACUUCUCUGGCCACCAAAUCAAUCCUAGGAAUGGCUAUGAAUGCGAGUUUAUCGAGAAGAUAGUCAAAUAUAUAUCUAACAAGAUCAAUCAUGUUCCUUUACAUGUUGCCGAUUACCCUGUUGGUGUUGAAUCUAGGGUCCUAAAAGUAAAUUCACUUAUGGAUGUUGGAUCUAAUGGUGAAGCACAGAAUGAAAGGAUUCCCAUUAAAAAUAUCACAGAGAUACUUAAAAUAAGCUUUGAUGCUUUGGAUGAUGCUUUGGAUGAUGGUUUGGAUGCUUUGGAUGAUGCUUUGGAUGAUGGUUUGGAUGCUUUGGAAGACAAAUGUCUUAUUAUGUGAAUGAUGAAUUCAAUGACCACAUGUCAACAGAGAUAAUGUAAAUAUGUAAUUUUAAUUAGGGUUAAUAGUGUUUUUCACCCCUGUAA